AUGGCUUUGCAACUGCUUAGAGAUGCAGGUAAUACAAAUGUUACCCUGGACAAGCCACUUCUCCCUGUCCCCCUUGCCCCAACUACAGCAACCAGCCUGCAACAGUGGAUAUCAGCUUUCGUCAACCUAUCCCCCAAUUCACAGGCUCAAGGAGCUGCUGUACUUGGAGGUAUCACUGGUGCUACCCCUUCCAGUGCGAGACCAGUUGUUUCUUCCAUCUCUAAAGUGCUCAUUCAUCAUUUUAUCCAAGAUCUUGCUGACACUGGUGAAUACUGUCCUCUGAUGCUUUUCUCCAAUAAGAACACAGAGUGUUUGCACUGUGAGGGACACUCCCUCAAACACACUAAGGUGCACAUCAAAGGUGUCUCCCAUCACCUCUUAGACCUCUCGCAAUUUGAAAAUGAGCGCGAAUUGGAUCCACUCACCUGGCAAGAAGCCUUCCAAUAUUAUCUCACCUGGAUAGCUGCUGUCAAUGACGCACAAGCCAUCAAGCAUUGGACAUCUCACUUCACCACCUUAGCCAAGGAUGAAGCCAUCCAAAAGAAUUUUCAGGCUAUCCUUGAAUUUGACAUUGAGACCAGGCAGAAUUAUGUUUUACGCCCUCAUGUGCAUGAUGAAACUGAAUGGAGUCAUCGCCUGCAAAAGAAAAAAUAUGCUAUGCUGCAGGAUGAACUUUUUUGUUAUUCUUAA